UUGAGCGGUCUGCUAGGGGACCGUGGACAGCUCCCGUCUGAAGAGCAGAGUAACGCAGGAGGAGGAGAGGGCUGGAUAUGGGGGAGUCACCGCACAGGCCCGUACGAUCGAGAUAAAAAAAAAAAAGACAAAAAAAAAAAAAAAAAAGACAAAACACUUUUAUGUGUUCACACCGGGGAAAAGACACAAAGAGCAGGAGCUGGAGAGGCCCCAGGAGGACGGGGAAACAACCGAGGAAGUGAAGGAAAAGCGGGGAUACGGAUACUGACCCAUCCCGGAGCAUCAGGGGAGAAGCAGCGAGAGAAAGGAGGAGAAGGAGGACAGAAGGAGAGAUAAUUCCGCUCGACCUGAUGGACUGAGAGGACAGAUGAAUGAAGACUGCCUACACUAACGCCUAUCGAUGCCUGGCCAAGGACCUGGACGCUUACGCCAUGAACACGGACAUGACAAUGGACGGCAUUGGCAGCCUGCAUGGCGGGGUGGCGGUGAGCUCCAUGGCCCCUGACUUGGAGCUCAUGAGCGGCCACAGCCCGCACCACGGCCGUGGGGGCUCCUCGGGGGGACACGGGGCGGCGGCGGCAGCGGCGGCGGCGGCUGCGUCCACCCUGCGGAUACAUCAGGACCUGGCCGCCGCCGCCGCAUCCUCCCGCUCGGCCAUGGUGACCGGCAUGGCCACGAUACUGGACGGUAGCGGGGAGUACCGUCCAGAGCUGUCCCUGCCGCUGCACCACGCCAUGAGCGUCCCCUGCGACACGUCCUCUCCUGGGAUGGGGAUGAGCGGCACAUACACCACCUUAACGCCGCUGCAGCCGCUACCCCCCAUCUCCACCGUGUCCGACAAGUUUCACCACCAUCACCAUCACCACCACCAGCGGCUCUCCGGUAACGUGAGCGGGAGCUUCACCCUGAUGCGGGACGAUCGGGGGCUGCCAGGAAUGAACAACCUGUACAGCCCCUACCACAAGGACCACAUGUCCGGGAUGGGUCAGAGUCUUUCCCCGGUGCUGGGGAACGGUCUGGGUUCCAUACACAACACCCAGCAGGGUCUCCACAACUAUGGCACCACGACGCAUGGAGGCCACGACAAGAUGCUGAACUUCGACGCGCACCACACAGCCUCCAUGCUGGCCAGAGGGGACCACCACCAGCACCGAGGCCUCGCUGGCCCCACGGCCGGGAUGAUGCCGCACCUGAACGGGAUGCACCACCCCGGGCACCCGGCGGUAUCCUCGGCGGGCCAUCACCCCCACUCCCACCACCACCUCCAGUCUCCGUCCCACGGGCCCGUGUUGGCUUCCAGCCGGGAAAGACCGCCCUCCUCCUCCGGGACGCAGGGGGUGAACAGCUCGGGGCAGCUGGAGGAAAUCAACACCAAGGAGGUAGCGCAGAGGAUCACGGCGGAGCUGAAGAGGUACAGCAUCCCCCAGGCCAUCUUCGCUCAGAGGGUGCUGUGCCGCUCCCAGGGAACCCUGUCGGACCUCCUGAGGAACCCCAAACCCUGGAGUAAACUAAAGUCAGGCCGGGAGACCUUCAGGAGGAUGUGGAAGUGGCUGCAGGAGCCUGAGUUUCAGAGGAUGUCGGCCCUCAGACUGGCAGCAUGCAAACGGAAGGAGCAGGACACGGGGAAGGACCGCAACAGUACGCCAAAGAAGUCGCGGCUGGUCUUCACCGACCUGCAGCGGCGCACCCUGCUGGCCAUCUUCAAGGAGAACAAGCGACCGUCCAAGGAGAUGCAGCUCACCAUCUCACAGCAGCUUGGCCUCGAACUCACCACCGUCAGCAACUUCUUCAUGAACGCCCGCCGCCGGAGCCUCGACAAAUGGACAGACGAUGGAGCCAGCCCUGGGGGCCAAUCUUCGGCGUCCAGCACUUGUACCAAAGCGUGA